CUGUUCGAUUUCCCCCAAAUCCCACACGGUGCCGAGCGCACAGAGAGAGAGAGAGAGAGAUGGCGGACGAGGAGAGGAAGAAGCGGGUGGUGGUGGUGGAGUCCCUGGGAUGGCUUACCGAGUCCUCCAUCAUGCCCAAGAAGCGCCGCGCCAUCGCCGGCGUCGGCGCCUCCUCCAUCCUGGAGCUCAAGGCCCAGCUCUACCGCUCCCAGGAGGAGUCCAAGCAGUCCAAGGACCUCUCCUCCGGCGACGCUUCCUACCACCGCGCCAAGAUCAUCGCCCCCGCCCCCGACUCCUUCUCCCGCAAGAACUCCGGCGUGGAUGCUCGCGCUCACAAGGACAAGCUUGAGCUGAAAGCUAUUAAUGAUGGUUCGAAAAGCUAUGAAGCACUAGAGAGGAAGGCUGCCUUAUACGAUAAGCUAGUUAAGGGAGAACUCUCUGAUGAGGAGGACCAGGAAAAAUAUUGUGUGGAUUUCUUUCGCAAGAACCUCGAGCAGGAUGAGUCACAUCAGCCACAAGGGCAUGACAUGCCUUCCUCAGAAGUGCUGGUAGAUGGGGAUAACGAGGCCGCGGUGUUACCUGAGACGAAGUUUAUGGGACCCGGUCGAACAGUUGGAACAAUGGAUAAUGACGAACAUAAGCGUUUUGUGAGGGAAGUACAUGAAGAGGUGAAUCAAGCACGAGAAAAGGUGUCUGAGCUCAAAAUGCGCAGACAAAUGCAGGCAGAUGCUCGGCGUGAGAAACUGAAGCAGGCUUAUCUUCGGAAGCAGCUUGACAAAUUGAAGGCUGCAUCAGGUGAGGAGAAGAAGGCAUAGAAAAUUGAGGGAUGGGAAUAGAGACAAGCAGCUCUCCCCCUUCAAAUGAAUUGGCUGAAUGGACAUUGACAUCUGUAAGACAUCAAGCUCUGGCGGCAAUUAGGGAAACUUUCCAAAUCCUGGUUUGGCAAUUCUGCAGUGUCCCUGGAAUGUGAAGUGGAUGUCUCGAACAGCUUCAAAUAGCUACAAAAAAAUUGCAUACUCAACAUCGGUAUUUUACAAUUGAAGACACUGGAGUUAAUUGCCCCUGCAGCGACAAUGGAAAGUGAAGUAAUGUGCAUUCUCCUUCCAUUGACGAUCUUGAUUUGAAGGAACUGCGUUGAGGUAAAGUGAAAUUACCGUUAGGAGCUAAGCAUUCUCGAUGUAAGCUUCCUCCAUGUAAGUUGUGCCCGAUGUCAACAUUUUCUCUUCCCAUUUGUAGGAUAUAUGUUGAGCAAUUAGCAGAAAA